AUGCCCAAAUACUAUUGCGGUAAGCUUUCCCUUCUUCGCAUUGAAUUAAAUUCGCUCGCGAUCUGUCGUUUUACUUAUGGUUUUGCAAAUCAACUCUUUAACGAACGCAUCAAAGAUUAUUGCGAUGUCUAUUUAACGCAUGACUCCUCUUCGGUACGAAAAGCGCACAACAAUGGUAAAAAUCAUAUCAUGAAUGUUCGAAAUUACUAUGCUGAAUUGGGUCAAGAUAAAGCACAAGCGAUCAUUGACGGAAUUACCAAGGCAUACGAGCGAGCAGGACAAUCAGGUUUUCCACCUCAAUAUGGGUACAUUCCCGGUAUGCCUCCGAUAUUACCUGUCGUUGCUCCUCCGUUCGGUGGUAAACAAUCGUUUGGUCCCGUUAUCCCUCCGCCAUUGUUGAUAGGUCAUCCCGCGAGCGCAAUUCCUGUUACUGCACCGGGUCUCGGCGUGCCACCAGGUUUAGGUCCAGCACCUGGUGUUGGAGGUGCGCCUCCGCUAAGUCCAGGGCCACCGGCUCCCCGAUUACCUCCUUCUCUUUCUCCAACAUCGAUGCCCCCGCAGCCUUUUGGACAGCCUCCGGGCAGUAGCUACAUGAGACCCCCAGACGCACCUGGUUUUCAACCACCACAGGGUUCUUCCACCAAUAUACCAUCAUCAGGUCCUCCUCCACCCGGAGCAAUUCAACCACCACCCUCAGGCACCGCAUAUUUUCCACCUAGCGGAAGCCUACAAUAUCCUUCUGAUAACAGCUCAAGUGCUUCGCAAUCAUUGCUGCCUUCCAAACGACAGAUGGAGGAAUAA